UGGAAAUUGCGCUCAGCGAGCUCAAAUGUCAUUCGCACGACUAUUUUUGGUUAUGUUUUUGCCGUGAGAGAAUCCUAGUGAGUUUCAAAAGAUCCAAUAAUUUUAGAAGUUUCUUGUGAAUACAAAGUGAAAAAAUGCCAAAAAAGUUACAAUAUUCAAAGGAAACUUUGCGGAAAGCGUUGGAUGCAAUGAAGGCAGGGGAAUCGGCAUCGAAAGUGUCUGCCCAUUACGGAGUGCCCAGAAGCACUUUGAGCGAUAAGUUUUCCGGCAAACAGCCAGAAGAAAAAUACGCUGGUGCACCUGUAUUGAGUAAAGACGAGGAAUCUAAGCUGGCACAGUGGAUUAUAAAAUGAGCUGAAACCGGGUUUCCGGUCGUCAAAUCAGAGCUGCAAGAUACAGUUAGCAUCUGGGUGAAAAAUAAAAAUCUUCAGACACCAUUCAGUAACAACCUUCCUGGAAGGAAGUGGUUUAAUGGUUUUUUAAGGAGAAACCCAGAAGUGUCUGUGCGAAUUGUACAGAAUUUGAGUGAAAGACGAGCAAAAAUCACAAGAGAGAACUUGGAUUCAUGGUUUAUGGAGGUCCAGGAAUAUCUUACGGAGAGGGGGCUUUUGGACAUUGGACCUAAUCGCAUUUUUAAUUGCGAUGAGACGGGUUUUGAAAUGUCCCCAAAGGGAGUGAAAGGCUUAGCGAAGAAAGGAGCCAAAUCAGUCCACUCGGUGUCAUAUGCAAACGAUCAUGAAAAUAUCACAUGUUUGUUUAUGGUAUCCGCAGAUGGAGAUAUGGCGCCCCCCCUGGUGAUUUUCGCAUACAAAAGAGUGCCUGGACAUCUGGCAAAGACGGUUCCCAACGGUUGGGCGAUUGGCCGCUCAGACAAAGGGUGGAUGACGGGAGAGUGCUUCUUCGAAUACGUCGCCAACACCUUUUACCCAUGGUUAGUCAAAAACGAAGUCCCGCUUCCCGUGAUUUUGUAUGUGGAUGGACACAAAUCUCAUCUCACUCUCCCACUGAGUGAGUUUUGCUCCAGUCAUGGAAUUGAGAUUAUUGUGCUGUACCCCAAUUCUACACAUAUUAUUCAACCCCUGGAUGCCGGGUACUUCUCCCCGUUGAAGGCGGCAUGGGCCAAAGAACGUGGGCGAUGGCAAUUGGCUCACCCGAGGGAGAGAUUCAGUCGUCAAAAUUUCACUCCGACUUUGGAGAAAGCUAUUAGAUCUCUUAGAAAUAGGGAAAUUCUAAGAAAUGGUUUCCGCCAUUGCGGCCUAUUUCCCUUCAAUCAUCAAGCAAUUGACACAGAUAAAAUUGUAGCAGGACCUUCCACGGUCAAACGACGAAUCAUUGAAUCUCCUGCCAAAAAUCUUGAAACAAUUUGUCCGAUUUUGAGAGCUCUGAAGGAACUCAUUCCAGAGGACGUUUUGAAGCAAUUCCAGGAAUAUGAAUUUGAGGAAUGGAAAGGAGCACCUGAAUACAGGUAUUUAUUUUCGGAAUGGCAGAAGUUCAAGUAUGAACUGGAAUCAGUUCCUAAGAUCGGAGACUCUCUGAAUGUGGCGGAAACUCAGGACGAAGAAUUCUCACAUUCAGUGGAAGCUUCCUUGGAGCCGGUGCAAAGUGUCCUAGAACCGGUGGAAAGCGUCCUUAUUGAGCCAGUAGAAAUUAUCAUACAGCCAGUGGAAAGUGUCCCGGACACAAUGGAAGAAGUCAUGGUGCCAGUGGAAGGUGUCUUGGAUCCGUUGGAAGUCGUCCUGGAGCCGACAGAAGGCUUCCUAGAGCCGUCGGAGUGCUUCGUUCAGCCCGCAGAAACCCUCGUGGAGCCGUCAGAAGGAGUCCUGAAGCCGGUAGAAGGCGUGCUGGAUCGGGCAGAAGAUGUUCUGCAAUCGGGGGAAGUUGCUUUGGAGCCGACGGAAAUAUUUCUACAUUCGACUGAAAUCCAACCCACUAAAGUUGAGAACGUUUUCGAUGAUGUUUUAUUUUGGCCAAAGCCAAUAAUCGAUGAAAGUAAGGAUGGAAAGACCAGGAAAAAGGAAAAACUUCCUAUAUCAGUGACGUCUGAAAAGUGGCAGGAGUAUCAUAGGCGAAAAGAAACAGAAAAACUAAUAUUAGAAGAAGAAAAACAAAAAAAGCGACAGGAAAGGCUAAGAAAGAAGUUUGAAAAAGAACAGGGUGAAAAAGAAAAGAAACAAAAACAGGAAGAAAGAAAAUUAAAGAGGAAGCUGGAGGCCAAUAAAAAAAUAAACUCGAAAAAAAAUCGCAAAAUUUGAAGUUCAAAAAAUACUGUACUAAACUAAUUAAACUCGAAAAUAUAGAGAAAUGAAAUAAAUAGCAAAAUUUAUUUUAAAAAAAACAAGACCAAAUUCAUUUAAAAUUGUCAAUAUUUUUUGUCUGCCGAUCCGUGGCACACCCCCUUCCGAUCCGUGGAACACUGAAUUAAGUCCCUUCCGAUCCGUGGAACACAGUGCAUUCUCGCAAUUACACCUAUUUUUUUUUUAAUUCUAGUAAAUGGUCAAACUGCAAAUAGUCAGAUAUAGUUAAAUGGAACACUAAUACACCAAUUGGCACAUACAAGAAUAUCAAAUAGUCUUUUGAGGCUUAUAUUUUCAACUAAAUAUGGAACACCUCUCUUAACAUUCCGAUCCGCGGUACACUUCCCUUACU